UAUGUGCUGGAAUCACCGUGUAUAGCCCGACGAAAUACUAUGGCAUGACAGCCUGGGAAGCAUUUUGGCGUGGCUGGACUUGGUGGGCUUGGUCAUGUGGCCGUAAAAAUGGGCAAGGCAUUUGGACUGAAAGUUACUGUUAUUAGUUCGUCUCCCAAAAAGGAAGCUGACGCGAUUGAAAGACUUGGUUCUGAUUCCUUCCUUUUGAACAGUGACCCCACAAAAAUGAAGGCAGCUUUGGGAACCAUGGACUACAUCAUUGACACAGUUUCUGCUGUACACCCUCUUCUUCCAUUGCUCAGUCUGCUCAAGGUGAAUGGGAAACUUGUUCUUCUGGGAAUGCCUAUUAAGCCCCUAGAGCUGCCCAUCUUUCCCUUGGUUCUGGUAUAGACUUGCAUUUCGUACCACUGGAGAUGGUAGAAGUUUCAGCUUAUGGUCAUGCUGGAGUUGCAAGGUGCAGAACCAAACGGCAAUGAUUCCGACUUUGUUAAUUCUUUCAGGCCGCAAGCUCGUG